GUAAAGAUGGAGGACUUCCUCGCCACAGUGCGAUCUAUUUCUGCCGAUAAAGAUUACGUACAACUUGCAGAUUAUUUAAACAGAUCUAAUGAAUUAUUAGCCAAGUAUGCAGGCCAGAUUGAGGCUGCAAUCGCAUCACUCGAUCCUGAUCAGCAUUCACUAGCAUUCAUGGCUCUAUUGUUGGUAAAACUAUCCUUACCAAAUUAUGGAGACUUUGAGUUGUUAUUCAGUCAGAUUCAACAAUUCAUAACAAUUUGCUCGCAGGAACAAAUCCAAUUUGCUGGGGACAAGUUCGCUCACUUGUGUCAUUUCAUAACGCAUUGCUUAGUGGAUCUCAAGCAGCCAAUGAGAGGAAUAAGAAUGAUGUGUAUUGCAAUAAAAAAGGCGCAACAGUCCCCUACACAACUGACUUCCAUUCAUUCAGAUCUUGCACAGCUUUGUUUACUGGCCAAGUGUUUAAAGCCAGCCCUCCCAUUCCUGGAUACAGAUAUAACAGAUAUUCACAAAGAGGGUGGAAAGUAUGACGCAAAGGCAUUACUCAGUUACUGUUAUUAUGGUGGUAUGAUUUACACUGCUCUGAAAAACUUUGAGAAAGCUCUGUACUUUUACGAAGUGGCAGUCACCUGUCCAGCUGUAGAUGUUAGUCAUAUAAUGUUGGAAUCAUACAAAAAGUUCAUCCUAGUUUCCCUCAUUCUUCAUGGAAAGAUAAUGGACCUUCCAAAAUACACUUCACAUGUGGUAAUGAGAUUCCUUAAGCCUCUGAGUGCUGCAUAUCAUGAACUUGCGUCCAGUUACUCUUCAAACAAUCCUAAUGAGGUGCGAACAGUAGCCACAAAGAGUGAAGAAACAUUUAGAGUGGACAACAACGUUGGACUGGUUAAGCAAGUGGUCAGCUCUCUAUACAAGAAGAAUAUUCUCAGGCUUACAAAGACGUUUUUAACCCUGUCUUUGUCAGACAUGGCCAACAGAGUACAACUAAGCAGUCCUAAGGAAGCCGAACAGUACAUACUCAACAUGAUAGAGGAUGGGGACAUAUAUGCAAGCAUUAAUCAGCGAGAUGGAAUGGUUUCCUUUCAUCAAAAUCCGGAGAAGUACAACAACCCUAAGAUGUUGAAAAAGCUAGACAAUGAGAUGCGGCUAUUCCAGCAUCUUGACGAAAAGCUACAACAUAUGGACCGAGAGCUGUCCACAAACCCACAGUACGUUCAAAAGACCAUGGGAACACAUUGUGAUGAGGAUGCAAUGGUGGGUAGAAUGCGAGGAGAUGAAGGACUCAUGUGACAGCCAAGUCUCGUUCAACAAUUUUGCUUCUGAGCAUGGUUGUGGCUUGACAGCUUCAAUAAGCCUCGUCUUAUAAACUUUGUACCUUUGAGAAUGCAGGAAUUGAGGAGUUAUUACUCUACAUAACUCUUUCAGUAGAAAUUAUUGAACGUGUGACGUAAAAGUUAACCCUCCUGUCUUCCUAUAAGAGAACAGUGAAAAUAAAGUUUCGUUGAAAUCCAGA